GCAGCAUCAUACGGGGCAAAUGUCACCGUCAGCAUGCUGCAGCUCGUAAAUCAAAUGACAAUCCUGUACUUGGCUGGCGACGAGCGGCAGGCGUUUCUCCGAACCGUUUUCGCCCGUGGGAUAUGGAAGGACCACGUGCGUUCGGCUUUGAUUGACAUGUUCCAUGAGAAGAGUAGUCCCAAGGCAGCACCAGACGUGAGUGUGCAUCAACAUGUGGCCUUACGGGCAGUUCUACCGCACUCUCGUCAACUGCGCCGCCGAUGACGAGACUCACAUUCGACCCCGCGGAUUCCGCCUUGUCGGGCUUAUUGUUGACGGGGACGAUCUUCUCAAAGAUGACAGGAACCAACGUCGCAUCAAGGACGAUCUUGUUGUUGUCUACGUUGACCUCUCUGACCUCAUUUUCAGGCCAUUUGAUUCGGACGGAGGCGAGAUUAGCCUAUCUUUCGGUUGGAAGCGUGUUUCCAACUUUGCACGCCGCAGUAAUGGCCGGUUCACAUUUGAGACGAUCGCGAAGUCGGAUGAGCAUUGCGGCGUUCCGGUGGAGUUUCUUAUCCACGAUCAAGAUGUGACCGCAUUCGAAACCUUUGUGCGUAAAUGCCUCAAUCAGAGCAAUUACUCCGGUGCAGCUCUUGAUCACAACGAGACCUCACCCAACUUCGACAACACCGUACAGAUCGCGGAUGGUGCAGAUGUCGAGGCGGCUCUCCCGUCCGGAGCUGCCUUAUCCGAUGAGACACCGCGAGUUGUAAUUCAGCCGGGCAAGCCGGAACAGUCCACCAGUGUGACCAAGCCGAAACGAAAGAGCUCUUCCGCAGCCCCCCGCCGCUCUUCCCGGGCAGAGCAGAGCCCCACAACUAUGAUCGCCUCUCAGGGGUCCUCGCCUCUAUCAGAGAUGAAUACGCCAGACGCGGUGAUACCGUCCGUGGCUUCCGCCAAGAUCCCACCCUCCGACUCCACCAGGAACAAGUCGUGCGAGACGGUUGAGGAGACGCCAUACGCCGCGGUUGCCCUGAGAAGCAGCCCAGAAGACUCCCUGGUUAGAGAGAAUCAACGAAGAGGCAUCUCGGGUGAUGACAACGAUCUCGUCGUUGCAACGACCGUUCACUCGACGCCUUCUUCUGAAAGACGAUCGCCCACCCCUAAAAUUCCUUUUCUCCCAGUUGAGGAUGACGAAAGGAUGGUGGGUGUGUCGUGAGAAUGGACCUGACUUCAGCCCCGCGCUGCCACUGAGAGGAUCUCUCCGUGCUAUGGUACCCUUGCACUGGACCUUACACUGAACCAAGUUUCCUCGACCGAUGCCUCUCCUACCGCUUUGACUGAAGACGUC